CUUUGACUUCUCGCGAUGUUCUCACAACUGCGAUAGACACAUAUCACAGCCGCUAAGUAAGCUAAAGAUAGGCUAAUUAGUAGCUACACGGUGACAUGUAGCGUCAGCUAACUUUACAGUUAGUCUCAAUGAAUGCGCUUCGAGAGUGACUGAGACAUGGAGCUAAGCAAUAUCAAGGACCAGUCUCCAUUGGUCCAGGCUAUAUUCAACCGAAAUGCUGAGGAAGUGACAUUUUUGUUAAACCAUAAUGGAGAUGUCAAUUCACUGGACCAAGAACAAAGCACACCACUACAUGCUGCUGCUUAUUUGGGGGAUGUCCAAAUUAUGGAUCUACUUAUUGCUUCAGAUGCAAAUGUCAAUGCUAAGGACCAGGGUUUGCUGACUCCUUUACAUAGAGCAGCUGCCUCUCGAAAUGAAAGGGCUGUGGAGCUGCUACUAAAGCACAAAGCCAAAGUCAACACACGGGAUAAAUUCUGGCAUACACCUUUACACAUGGCAGCUGCAAACUGGGCUACAGCCUGCGCUGAAGUUCUGAUACCACAUGUGUGCAGCCUGGAUGUUACAGACAGGUCAGGAAGGACACCGUUGCAUCAUGCAGCGCACAAUGGCCAUGGAAAGAUGGUGAACUUGCUCCUGAGCAAAGGUGCUAACGUGAGUGCCAAAGAUAAGAAAGAAAGGCAGGCAAUCCACUGGGCUGCUUACCUUGGUCAUUUGGAUGUUGUGAAGCUGCUGGUGUCUCACAGUGCAGAUGUGAUGUGCAAGGACAAAUGUGGUUACACUCCGCUCCAUGCUGCAGCUGCCAGCGGACAGUUAGAUGUGGUCAAAUAUCUGUUGAGACUGGGAGUGGAGAUUGAUGAACCCAACACUUUUGGAAACACCGCGCUCCACAUGGCCUGUCAUGUGGGGCAGGACACCGUGGCCACAGAACUGGUGAACUGCGGUGCCAGCAUCAAUCAGUCCAGCUACCAUGGCAACACGCCACUGCAUCUGGCUGCCAUCUCCUCCAGUGGGGUGAUGUGUCUCGAGCUGCUAAUCAACAACGGAGCUGAUGUCAACAUUCAAAAUAAAGAAGGAAAGAGCCCUUUGCAUAUGGCUGCUAUGCACGGGCGUUUCACAGGCUCCCAGAUCCUGAUUCAAAAUGGUGGUGAGAUUGACUGUGUUGAUAUCUGUGGAAACACUCCUCUGCAUGUUGCUGCCAGAUUCGGUCAGGAGCUGCUGGUCAGCACUCUGCUGACAAAUGGCGCUGACAAGUCCAGACAGGGGAUUCAUGGGAUGCUUCCACUGCAUUUGGCCGCGCUCUUUGGGUUUCCAGACUGUUGUCGAAAACUGCUCUUUAAUGGGCAGUUUUACAACAUUAUGUCAGUUGGGUUUGACAUAAACACCUUGGAUGACUACGGAAGAAGCUGUCUGCAUGCAGCCGCAUCUGGAGGAAAUGAUGACUGUCUUAACUUGCUGUUAAAUAGUGGCUCUGAAAUGGACGUAAAGGAUUACUUGGGAAGAUCACCGUUGCACUAUGCUGCAGCCAGCGGGAACAGACAAUGCACAGUCUCCCUGGUGAAAGCCGGAGCUGACGUCAAUGAGCUGGAUCUGAUGGGCUGCAGCCCCCUCCACUAUGCUGCUGCUUCACACACCGUCCGUGGAGGAGACACAAACACUAAUCUUGACUACAACGUGGAGAAGGAACAAGAGGCCUCACUGUGUUUAGACUACUUGCUCGAUAAUGGGGCAAACCCAACUCUGAAGAAUAGUAAAGGUUACAGUGCUGUCCACUACGCAGCAGCUUAUGGGAGCAAACAGCACCUGGAAAUGCUCCUGGAGGUUUCUUUCAACUGCCUAGAAGAAGUUGAAAGUAAUAUUCCAGUCAGUCCUUUGCACUUAGCCGCGUAUUAUGGUCACUGCGAGGCCCUGUGCUUGCUGUGUGAGACAUUAGUGAGUCUGGAUGUGCGGGACAUUGAAGGCCGAACUGCUCUCCACCUGGCUGCACAGAGGGGUUUUGUCUCGUGUGUGGAGGUGCUGUUGGAACAUCAAGCCUCCUUUACACUGAAGGAGUACAAGCGCAAGUGGACAGCACUUCAUGCUGCAGCUGCUGACGGCCAGAUGGACUGUCUGCUGCUACUGGUCAACAAGGAACAAAGUGCCGACAUCAUUGACAGCCCAGAUACACAGGGACAGACGGCUCUCAUGCUGGCAGCUCUGGGACGUCACACCGACUGUGUCCACAUCCUGCUGGAGAAAGGAGCCAAGGCUGAUGCUGCAGACAAAAAGGGCUUCACUGCAUUACACAGAGCUGCUGUGUUGGGCAAUGAGGACUGUGUAUCCGCCCUAUUGGAACAUGGGGCUUCUGCUCUGUGUAGAGACUCUCAGGGAAGAACCCCACUGCACCUCGCAGCCUCCUAUGGCCACACGGAGCUCCUCCGCAGUUUACUAAAGGCUGCUAUGAAAGCUGACCCUCUGGACUCCUUGUUGGACCACAGAGGCUACACGCCCACCCACUGGGCUGCCUACCAUGGGCAUGAAGGAUGUUUGCACAUUUUACUUGAAAACAAACUUUUCAGCAAUCAGGAAGGAAAUCUGUUCACCCCAUUGCACUGUGCUCUAGUUAACCGACACGAUGUUGCUGCUAAACUUCUAGUCAAGACUGUUGGCCCUCAAAUUGUAACCGUGAGUGACACCAAAGGAAGGACCCCACUGCACGCCGCUGCUCAUUCAGGAAAUGUCGCUGGGCUCCAGCUGGUCCUGGCCCAGGGAGCAGAGGUCAAUGCUGUGGACCACUGCGGAUGCUCUGCUCUGAUGGUUGCUGCUGACUGUGGACAGACCGUGGCUGUUGAGUUCUUGCUGCACAAAGCGAAGCCAGACCUGACCCUGGUGGAUGUCAAUAACAACACAGCCCUUCACUUAGCCUGCAGCAAGGGUCAUGAGAUGUGUGCCCUGUUGAUCCUGGGAGAGAUCAGCGACUCCUCACUCAUAAAUGCAACAAACAGUGCUCUUCAAAUGCCUCUUCACAUUGCAGCGAGGAAAGGCCUGGCGACUGUAGUGCAGGUGUUACUGAGCAGAGGAGCAGCAGUCAUGGCUGUAGAUAAGGAAGGCCACACACCAGCUCUGGCCUGUGCUCCGAACAAAAACGUGGCAGACUGCCUGGCCCUGAUCCUCUCUACCAUGAAGCCUUUUCCUCCCAGAGAGGCUGGUGGUGGUGCAGUCUCCCACCUCAACCCCAUCCUGAAAAACUGCAGUAUUGCUGCCACCUGCGGAUCCAGUGGAAACCUGUGUCAUGCCUGAGUUAAGGACCGGGCAGGCAGUAUUGGCCUGAAAUGUCAUCCCAGUGUUGCCCAAAGUCUCCAUGUAAAACCACACACAUGCACAUCUCCAUAAACAAGUGUGGUCAGCUUCUUGUAUGCUAUGACAUUUAUACGUCACAUGUAGCUGCACGUACACUAUGUGCUCAUCGUAGGUGUAGUGCUAGCGCCACACCGCUUUUUUUCUUCUGCAAGAGAGGAAAAAGAAUAUUUACAUAAUCUGGUUGAAAUUCAUAACGUUACAUUUUUGUGGGCACCUGAAGAUCCAAUCAUCAGUGAAGUGCAAAAUGAAUGGUCUAAGUUAUGAUAGUAAAAUUUAAUGUGUGGUGAUCGAUUCACAACAUCGACUCCAACAAUGCAAGCUCCAACGUGCAGAAUCUCCACCUGUGGAUGUUUGUGUCUUGUCCAACCGCAUAUUGAUAAUGUGGAUGGUUCACAACAACGCAGUUUAGUGUCGACUACAGGCUGUUUACAAAAGGCAAGUGAUCAUCCAGACUGACAAACUAGGACGCAAUCUGCAGGAGGGGCAGUGGAGACAAACAUCAGAUGUGACGAUCAGCAGCAGAAACGGACUUUACGUUUAAGGAUGUGUCCCCUGGUUGCCCAUGGAGAUUUCGCCCUAGUAAUAAGAUUAUCUGUGGCUCUAACAUUCACCCUGAGACAAACUCACUUUCUGCCACACCAGAGAAUAAAGUCAGUCUAACAUUUGAUCACGUGGAUAAUUACAGGUUCCACCAUAGGAAAAGUGUUUACAUAGGCCUCAGAACAAGCCACACGUUAAAGCGUCAUAGGUGUGCUCUGGAGUUUGGCUUACAAGUGUAUGUCUUUCUUCGUACUUAGUUUAAAAUAUCUAACAGGUGCUGCAAAGCUUUUAUGCAAUUAAUAAGACACGUUUGUUAUCCUGUCCAGACGACACUACACUGCUCUAAGUAACAUUAUUAUUGUUCUAAUGUUAUUUACAUUUAGAUUUAGUACAGAAAACGGUUACAUGCACAUGUAGAGUUUUAAUGUCAAGUAGCUUCCUGAGUCUAGUGUGUUUAUAGUUUACUUGUAUGAUCUUGAAAAUCACAAAUUAUGGAAAAGUAGCCUCAGGUUAGCGUGUACUGUACUGUAGGUGCAAUAAAAAGCACAUCCUGAGCUGGAUGUUAACAUCACGAGUAUGAAGUGCAACAGAAGUAUUAUUCAGGUAAAGAAGCCAGAGAAUAAAGCAAACAAAUGCAAGGUCAAAGAGCUAAAAAUGAAACGUACAUAAAAACCGUUUCAAUGCACAAAAAAACAGAAGAUUCUUUGUCUUUGAGCAUCAAAGAUGUUUUUAGUAAAUGUGACAUUUCACUACUACAUAUGUAAAUAAAAAUAGUUUGAGCUAUUAUUUAAGUGCAAAUUGUUCUGAGAACCCAAGGUGACAUUUUCAUGAGUUGUUUUUUCCUGAUCAGCACUAAAACUUUAUUUUAGACUGAUGUCAGACCAACAGAUGUUAUUUUACAGCGGCCAGUUAUCAGGGUUGGUUAACUAAACAUUGACAGUUUGAUAAUCAAGUAAUCAGUAGUUUCACUUUUAUCUGUACAAUGAAAUAUUUCAUAUAUGUUAUAACUGAAAUAAGGAAAACUGAUAGCUUUCUUUUAAAUUACUGCUUUGGUAGUUUGUACAGGUACAAAGAUGCCACUGCACCUCUCUCUUUCUAGGUCAAGGGUUUUUUAACAAAAAGAAAUGUGCAUUAAAUAUUUACCUCAGCAUUGGAUAUUUUGCCCUUUUCCUAAGUCCUUGACUUUUUCCACUAGUAGUACCUGCUGUCUUCUCUUACAAUGGCUUUAUACUCUGAAAUGAAAGUUUACAUUUCACAGUAGGGGAUCCUUCUUGGGUUUAUGCAAAUGUUUGAUAAAAUCUGAAAGUGCAUUUUACAUAUCUAACUUUCACCUUAACAGCAGACAUGAGUCCUGUGAGCAUCUCCUGCCUUGUUUGAUUUGGAUUCAAUGUGUGGUGAUAAAGGCAGUUUGAAAUUUCUUAAACAAGUUGCAUUUGUUGUUUGGCUACAGCUUUUCAUGUGAACAGAUUUUGGGUCUUCCAAACAUCUGACUGUGCAACAACCUGAAUGCUCUGUGUGGUUCAGUUGUGGACAGCUCCAUAGGAGAGACAAAUAAAUCACUACCAUC